AUGGAAGAAGAAGAGAAAGAAGAGAUGGAAACAGGAGAAGUUGGUGUUAAGUACAGAGGAGUGAGAAAACGGCCAUGGGGUAAAUUCGCGGCAGAGAUUCGCGACUCUACUAGACAUGGUGUGCGAGUUUGGUUAGGGACUUUCAAUACUGCAGAAGAGGCAGCAAGAGCUUAUGAUCAUUUCCCAGAUGAGUAUCCUUUGUCUCAAGCAUAUGGGUCUUGUUCAUCUUCAUCAUCAUCACCUUCAUUGUAUGAGAACAAAGAGAAACAAAAGCAUGGGGAAGAUGUUAUUGAAUUGGAGUACUUGGAUGAUAAGUUAUUAGAGGAGCUUCUUACUGUUGAAAAGAUGAAGAACAAUAAAAAGUGA